AAACAGGUUUGUCUUGUCUUGUGUCGCUAAGUGGCCACUGGCUACAAUUUACUUUCACGCUCCUCCACCGCGCUUCUGCCACUCGACCUUUUUACCUCUGUCUACACCACAAACAAGAGUCGCUCCCAGAUCUACUUCAGAAGUUUAGGAAGAUUUAAGCGGACCAUGCCACAGUAGCUCAGAAGAUGAUGAUGAUGAUGAUGAAGCAAUGAGUUUCUGUCCUGUGAACACUGCAACAAAGUUGAAGUAGAAGCUGUAUUCCUCUGCUUACAUGAUGCCUGUGGAAACUCUCCCACAGUCAGUGAAGCGUCCCGUUCGGACAGUGGUCACAUUCACACACCCCCGUCUCCGGCCCAAAGCCCCCAUGGCUCCAGAGCUGUACCGGCAGGGCCUGGCUGCGACUGGGAGGCCUAAGCAGAGUGCAGUAGAAAGACUAGAGGCAGACAAAGCUAAAUAUGUGAAGAGCCAGGUGGCUCUGUGUAAGCAGCAGCCAGUGCGUCCGACAGAUGUGACCAGAGCUCUGUUGAGCCCCUGCUCUGCCCUGCAGCCGAUGAGAAAGACCCCCAUCCCAGCAAAGACAAAGGAGAGCAUCCAGCUGAACCUGGAGCACCUGAGUAGCCUGAUCAGUGAUGUGAGCGAUGGACCUCAGCUCAGUGCAGAGGACACAAAGCCUUCAGAGACUGUUUCUCCACAGAAGAAGGAGCGCCCAUGUCCGCCUCCACGCCCUGACUGGUCCAGUCCCGCCAAGGUGAGGCUCAAAUCUCCACCACCACCUCGAGAGGAGAGUGCCCCCACCCCUCCAGCAGCUGGGACAGUGCGCAGAGUGGACGUCGUGCCCCAGACUGGCUCAGCUCGCCCUCCUGUUAGACCAACUCAGUUCAUUAGGCUGCCCCUUCAGCCCAUCCUGCUACACUCCCAGCUCCACGGAACACGCCUCUUUCACCCUAGAACGCCUCCCGCCCCCUCUCCUCUCAAACCUGUGAUUGCUAUACCUCCAAAACCUGAAAACGCUCCCUUGACACCCCCACUCAAAUCCCCUCCUGCCCCUAUCAUUGCUCCUGCCCUUCUUGCUCCUCCUGAUACCCCUUUGUUGGCCCCACCAUCCCCGGCUUUCACCCGCCUCUCUUCCUCUAGUGCCAGGAAGAGGCCUUCUCUCACUCGCUCUAAAUCAGAUUUGAGUGACCGCUUCUCCAGAGCUGGCACAGAGCUGGAACGCUUUUUUAACCUGUGCGGAUUGGACCCUUCGGAUUUACGGGACCUGACUGCAUCUAACUCGGACAUUGUGUCUUUGGCCCGUUUCCGCAGUGUAAGUGCUCCUGGUUCUGAAUGCGGAGCGUCAGGACGGGAGGAGGAAGAAGAGGAAGAGGAAGAGAGCACUGGAAAUGCAGCACCGCGAGUCCCAUACGGUGUUUCUGUCAUUGAAAGAAAUGCACGAGUUAUUAAGUGGCUUUAUGGGUUACGUCAGGCAAAGGACAGUGCAAACAAAAGCACCAAUUUGUAAGAAAUAAUGUAAAAAUGUGUAAUUAACUAUGAUUACUUGAUUUGGUACAAAAAGGCAGGGACAAAAAAAUGUGUUCAUCUACAUCUUCAGAUUUUUUUUCCAUUGAGUCACAGUUCUGUUCAUUAAGAAUUAUUUUAAGCCUUUGAAUUUGUCUCAUAAUGGGGCGCAAGUUAUCAAGUGGCUGCAUUGGUAAAUUAAGAAAAGCAAAAAAAUUUGUUAGAAAUGUAUUAUGUUCCCAGAUUACAGAGACCAAAAUGUUUUCUUUUUUGUUCAUGAUCAGUUUGUGUUCAAGAUUUCAAAAGUUGUUUCAAAAUGUAGUUUUGUCCCAUAAUGGGGCUGUUGUAUUGUUGAGGCUGUUAAGUCUGGUACUAUGUCAGUUGUAUCACAAUAAAAGAUUCAUGAUGUAAGUAAAUAA